AUGGGGGAUUUACCUGCAGCAAGAAGCAAUCCAUCUCGUCCCUUUGAACAUACUGGCGUAGACUUCACCGGCCACGUAUUCCUUAAAGCCAACAAGGGUCGCGGUAUCAAGACCACUAAAGGAUACGUUUGCGUGUUUGUCUGCAUGGCUACAAAAGCUGUCCAUCUCGAGCUGGUAUCUGACAUGACAGCAUCAGCUUUCAUAGCAGCUUUGCGCAGAAUGGCUGCUCGAAGAGGAACUCCGCUGCACAUCUACAGCGAUAAUGGAAGAAACUUCCUUAAGGCUAGCAAGAUACUUAAGGAAGAAUACCUUGAAAUCCAAAAUGUCGUGAACACCGAAUGUCAGGGAGCAAUAUCAGACAUGGGAAUCACCUGGCACUUCAAUGCACCCGCAUGGCCUUCAGCAGGAGGAUUAUGGGAAGGCUGUGUUAAGGUUUUCAAGUACCACCUGAAGCGUGUCAUCGGAGAGCAAAAACUAACUUAUGAAGAAUUCAGCAGUUUAUUAGCUCAGAUCGAAGGAUGCACGAAUUCGAGACCACUAUGCGCUAUAUCUGAAGAUCCUGAUGACAUCAACUAUUUGACUCCUUCUCAUUUUCUCAAUUGUGCGAAUAUGUAG